GCGUUGAUGUUUCCCAGGCCUUCUGAAAGUUGCUCAAGAUUGGUUUUGUCGGUUACCGUGUCGAAGAGGCAGGCCCUGUAGGGCCUUCCCUGACUGUGUCCAGGCCGGUCCAAAAAUUAGGAAUCCCAUGUCCUCAAAUGGUGAAUCUGAUCGGUUCAUUCUGUUCUUCAUUCCACAGGAAGAGGCUUCUGGACUUCUGCAACUUCAAUUUCAACCUUGCGCAAGGUGAUGAGCUUCUCCCUCCAAGUUUGGAUGGCGCAGUUCGUAGGAAGUAAGCCGGGCAAGCCUUUGAUCCACUCAACUGUUGAGUUGCCCCAAUCGGGAUCAAUUUAAUUUGUUGCCGGCCAGUGCAAAUCUUUGGCGGCAUAAAAUGAUAACAUUCGCCAGUUUGAGGUAUGCGACAUUCUGGUCUUCUCCCUUCUGGAAAGCUGGAUCUGCUCCCAAAUCAUUGUGGCAUGCUCCACACAGCCUGGGAAACCUGCGCUUCCAGCUUUCUUGCAGCUGGUGUUGAUAUGUCUGUUUUCCAUCAGGAAAAAAAAAAUUAACACAUUUAAAGAGGGGAGCAAAAAAAUAAACAAUUGAGUUAAUGUGGUUGCUCAAGUGCGCACACUUGCCUCAUCAAUGGUGAUGUGGUUGUGUGCAGAAGGAACCCGUCAUAUUCUGACGCAUGUUUUAUGGGGGUCGUCACACAACAGCCAACAUUUAAAAUGCAUCUGAUUCAUCCUAAGAAAAGGUCAGAUGUUCAAGUCGUUUUUUUUCCCCCAGACAUUUUCAGUCAAAUUUGACUGCACAGAUCUGAGGUGACCUUUUGAAGGAGCUCACUGAACGAAUGUAUCAGUCAGGAGAAGCAUACAAAAGGAUUUCCAAAAUGCCCCCCCCCCCCAAAUUGACAGUUAAAGGUCACUUUAAAUGGUGGGAAACGUUUUGAAAUGAUUUGCUGUGUUGUACAGUAACCUGGACUUUGAGCAGGGGUGUGUAGAUUUGGAUAUUUACAGGAACAAUACUUGCAUCAAUAAAAGAAGAAAAUCAGGGAAGUUUUUCGAAAAUGCGACUUGUCAAAGACUUGUUGAGCCAGUCAUGUGACCUGCCUCACUCAACCUCACGUAUAAAUUGAGCUAAAGACAUUCUCCCGUUGACUGGGAGGAGCAAUUCAGGAGCCACCAAGAGUUCAACUUGACACUUGCAAGGUGCGCCAUCACACCCACACAGCACACAUAACGUCUAUUUACUGCAGUAUGUGAUUGACAAUGUUUUUUUUUUUUUCUUUCAGAGCAUCCAGGACAUUCAACCAGCAGUAGUGAAUGUGAUGAAAUAAAUGCGAUGUGGAACAUGCGCCUGCCCUCUUAAGCCAUUUUCAUGACACGUUUUUUGCAUUUCUCAGGUGACCGUCAUUCAUCUUCCUCGCGCCUGAAUGUCUGUUUAUGCGUUUGCAUUGAUUGACAAAUAUUUGUGCGAGUCCAACUAGCAUCGACGCUGCGCUAGUUUGCCUCAUCGGAGCAAGAAAUGGAGAACUCGAGUAAGAUUGAGUAUUUCGUGCUGGCUGCCUACAGUGACAUGGGACAGUUGAAGUAUUUGUAUUUCUUCAUAUUGCUGCUGUGGUACUGUUCGAUCUGCGCCGCCAACACUCUGCUCAUUGCGGUCAUAUUUGCGGACAGGAGGCUUCGCGAGCCGAUGUACAUGUUACUGUGCAACUUACUGGUGAACGAGAUCAGCGGCAGCACGUCCCUGUAUCCUCUCAUGCUCUCACAGAUGUUCUCAGAGGCACAUCAAGUGCCCCUUUCCUGGUGCUUUCUACAGAUGAGUUGUAUGUAUACUUCCGUCUCUGUGGAGUUUUUCAGUUUGGCAGUCAUGGCCUAUGAUCGCUACGUCUCCAUCUGCAAGCCCUUACACUACAGCAGCAUCAUGAGCGCGGGGACGGUGGGCGUCGUCGUGCCACUGAUCUGGAUAUUUGCGUGCGCCAAUUGCCUGCUCACCGUCGUCUUUGUCGUCAAUUUGAAAUUGUGCGGAAACGUGAUUGACAAAGUGUUUUGUGACCAUCAAUUAGUCGCUAAACUUGCGUGUUCUGUUUCCAAGGUCAAUAGCAUCAUGGACAUGUUUAGCUUCCUGAUCGGUGUCUUCCCGGUCGGGCUGAUCGCGGUGUCCUACGUCAAGAUCCUGCUCGUUUGUUUUGAUACCUCCAAAGAGAAUAAGCAGAAAGCGAUCACUACCUGCACGCCUCAGAUUGUUUCUGUGUCCAACUUGUUAGUCGGCUGCGCUUUUGUCUUUUUUGACAGCUGGAACGAUGCGGGUCAUUUCUCAGACGAGGUCCGUAUUUUUUUUUCAACGUAUCUGAUCGUUUGCCAGCCAAUCAUCACCCCCUUCAUGUAUGGCUUCAAACUUCCCAAGAUAAGAGAAGCCUGCAAGCGAAUGUGGAAGAAAAAGGUCUUUUUCUUGCGAGAAUCUCACUAACCAUUUCAUGCGCCAAUGGUGAUAACCUGUAACCUGAUCGGGUGAUAAGGUGCCCGCUGUUGUUAAACGCUGUCCUCGGAAUGGGGUUAAAAUAGCUCUCUUGAAAAUUAACGACAUGUGAUGGAAAUGUCAGCUUUUAAUAUGUUUCGACAACUACUCCUCCACCGGGCCAAGUAUUACUGCUAAAGCCUGGUGAUAGGAAAAGAAAGGAAUUCAGAGGAUGGAGGGGUUGUGCAGGUUUUACCUCAGAGGUUGCGUGGAGUUUCACCAUCUCUCUCCGCCACCUUUCAUAUCCCAAAGAAUAGCAGAUGUAGUUGCAACAAAUUUCAACUCAAUCCAGAUACUACAAGCAAAGACAAAACAUUUUGAAGAACAUGAUGUUGAAGACAUUGUAAGAAGAGAGCAAAUAUUUCUCAAAUGAAUUGAUGUGCAACUGAGUGUGAAAGGUUUUUUUUUUUCUUUGUGGACAAAAUAUUGAAAGAUCAAGGGGUGGAAAAGCUGUCAAAUGUGGUGGAUAAUUUACUGAAGUGAAAUGUGCAAAUAGCAAUGGAAAAGAAAGAAAAACAUUGAUGUGAGAGGCACGUAGUGUAAAGCAGGUUCUAAAACGAACCUCGGUUUCAAUAGCUUUGGAAUUAUUAUAAUUAUUCUUUCAUUCCUUUUGGCUUUGUUUUUUUUAAUUGGUUCAGAAAUUGUGUUUGUUAGUUUUUAUUUC